AUGUUCAAGCUUUUGCUCCUCCUAGUCGGCGUCACUGCGGCUGCUGCUGCCGCCGCCGGCGAUCCCGCAGGUUCGGGGACGGUGACAGUAAUCCAGACAACCUCUAUUGUCACCUGGGAGACUUCUUACGUUACUCUUCCUACUUCUUACCAGUCAACAGGAAUUGCCUUGGCUUCCUCUGGCACUGUUUCGACCGGCACGACUUCCUCUCUCAGUGGUACCGCCAGCACCCAGACCCCUUCCGUGAACAGCGACCUCGGCAGACUGUGGGUUUUCCACCGCACCAUCUUCACACCGGAAGAUCCCAACUACACAAAGCAGUGCUUCUACGACAUGUUCGAGUCCCGCAUGAGCGAGGCGGUCCUAUUCCCUUGCUCCCAGCCGUAUAACGCAACAUGGCAUAUUGGUAGAGGUUCAGAUUGCGACGGGGGAUACCUCAUGCCUAUUCCCGAAUUCAAUAUUGGAUUCGACAUUCUCGGCGUGAAUACCGGGUGUUGGUACCAUCCUGAGGCGCUGCAGAUUUUCUGCGAUCAGGGCCAUUACCCCUGCCGCUUCGAGAACCAUAUCGACUAUAUACACUGCUCAAAUGAGACCGAGGCUCCGAUGACGAAUUACAACGGCUAUGUGAGGAUGGCUUGCGAUGGGUUUCUGGCCAAGUGA